AUGGCGGACCACAUUACCCAGAUUCGGGCGGACUACAAUGCCAUUGAGGAUGUGUCCGAUGAAGCAGCCCUCCGACCCCUUGCGAUUCUGUCGAUCACCUUGGCGCGCCUACUGAUUGGCGCCAAUGUGGUCGAAGAAGAUCUGGAAGCGGCUAACGCAGCCAAGGAGGCGGCGACCCGGGCGCUUCGUGACAAGAGUACCGACCAGGUGACUGAGCUCAGGAUCAACUACGCUCAGUUAAUGGGCAUAGCCAUGGGACUUCCUCUGCAGCGCAACGCACCCAACGCACCAGUUCGGCCGGGUGGCACCGACCCCACGACACUUUGGCGCCAACAGACCCGAGUGGAUGUUGCUCGCAACCAGGGUUUGAGCAAACUCGGAGCUAACUCCUCGGACGGACUCGACACACUGGUCAAGCUGAUGGAGAUGUGGCAUGUUAGCACAGACCCAUCCUUGUUCGAACCGAAAACGAUCCCCGACUUCCCGGAGCCCCUCAACGUCAUGGCAAUGUUCAAGUUGAAGGUAGCAAGUGGCGCCAAUGAGCGUGCCAGGGGGCUACUCGAACAGUUGAUUGCUUGCAACCCUGAUUGGGGAUGGGCUGAUUUCGUCGCAUGGGCAGAGAGCACGACCACCACCCCAAUCCAGCGUACCAACAGGGAUAUAGCCGCCUCCAUCAGUGAGAUUUCCUUCGACUGGUGGGCAAAGCACACAGCACCGGACGGUCGACAAAGCACGCCUGCCAUCGAAUUCAGCCGGACCAUGCGCAAUGCUUGCACUGACGCCCUUAGUUCCCCCCACAGCGAGCUGGUCGCGUCGGCGAUCCUCGACAAGGUUGACGUCUCUCUCCGCCACUUACUGGGACCCAACAUGGCCCGGGUGACGAACGUGUUGGAUCUCUGCAAAAUGAUUGAGAGCAUACCUCGGGACAGCUACCAAUCGCACCUUGCGCAGCACGAGCGGAUCGCGGGCCUGGCCACACGAGCUGAUAUCCGUAAGGAGAUGACGUCAGGAGCCGGCAGAGCGACGGCCGCCGACCGAGGACACUCGGGAACCCAGCAACAGGGGCGCUCGCCGUGGGCCUUCGACGGGUUCCGCUCAGCGCCGGAUCCGGCACCCAAAUCGCAUGCCUCGCUCCCCGCAGGAUUACAAGGAUCGUACUUCACGUCGGAGGACUCGCGCAAGCCAGAGCACCUUCUAGGUAUCUCCUACUCACGAUUUGAUGAUACGUCAUCCGGAAGGCGUGAUUUCGCGCUCGCAUGCACGGCGUACAUGAAGCAGAACCCGCCAACGACAACGAAACCGAACUCCUCGGCCUUUCCCUUGACGCCGGGAACGCAGGCCCCGGGCGCAUUCCGUUCGUGUGACAAAUGUGGGAAGGAAGGCCACAUCUCUCGUAAUUGUUCAGGUUCGCCGGUCAACGAAGUUGAGCGCCGCUUGCGCAGCCUCGUGCGAGCCGACUCCGUCCUCAACCGGGGACCCCGCAACGCCCAACGCACCCGAAUGGUGGCAUUGCUGGCAGAGGAUGACCAACUCGACAUGAUUGACUUGUACGAAACGUUGGCCCAGCUCCCAUCGACCGACAACUUGGAGGAUCAGGAUUUUGUGGACGCCUAG